GAUAAACUGGUGGAUCGAGCGUUAAAUCGCAAGAGUCGGCAUGCUUGCCUGCAGAUUAGAUCGAGAGCCUCGCUUUGUAUGAAACUAACUAUAAAGAGCAAACUUGGCCAAGAGAGAAAUCUCACUUUCUUCCUGUCAAUCUUAAUUCCUUCAAUCGACUAUCGCAGUUUAAGAAAGAAUGGCUCCAAGAAAGGAAAGUGAACUGAAAGUUUCUCGAAAGAAACAUCCCAAGUUGUUGGAGAGAAGGGUUGAGAAAAAUGGGAUGAAAGAGUACUUGAGUCGUUUACAAGGAGUCCAGAAAAAGCUGGUGGAAAAACAGUCGAAGCUGAAGGCAAAGCUGAACCUGGCGGAACAUAGCAGUCCAGGACAAGGCAAACAAACAAUGGACCAACUCCGCCAAGUGAAUCUUCGGCUAGCAAGGUUCAAUGCUUGGGUUCAAAUUUAUAUACAAACUAAGCUAGCUGACCCUGCCUGGGAUGCUGCAAACUCCCGUAACUAAUAGCUAGCCUUUCCCAUAUAUGUAUGGUUAGUCAAAUGCAUGCAUCUUCCCUUCACGUGUCAGAUAAUAUCCUAUGAUGAUUCGAUCAUUCAUAAUUUUGUUCCUUCUUUUUGUAGGGAUCUCAAGAAGAGACGAUUAAUAGGAAGAAUAAAAGGAAAACUUCGGUUGGCAGUCAUGUGUGGUUUUAUUUUGAUCGAUCCUUUAAUUAUGGUGUGGCAGAGAUUCUGUGAUGCCUUGUUACAUGUGUAGACCUUUAUAUGUAAUAAACUAUCCUCUUAAUUAGUCAAAAAAGAAAAAAAAAAAACAAAUUGCAUGUCUUCCAAUAUCAGCAUUUAUUGAAAGAUGAGUUGAUCAAUUAUUUGGCUCAAGGGCAGAUUCGGUACAUGAUGAAACUCAUCAUUUCUAAAAUUAUUAUUAGCAGAUUUUAUAUAUGAUAACGUUUUGUUGAAGAUCUAUGUCUACAAUUUCACUUCAAUAAAAAUGGGUUUUAAAGACAAAAUACCUCUUUCAAGUUAAAAACUAGUUGUAAUCAAAAGCUAAUUUAGAUGCAACAUAUAAUAUUUAGAUAUACCUUUCGCAUACUUAUCAUAAUGAAUUUCAUAUUAAGUCAUAACCAUUUCAAAUUUCACAGCGAGUUAUAGCUGUAUCUUAUAUAUUUCAUCAAUCUCAUAUAGUUACCCGUAACUAUGAUUUAUGUAUAAUUUGAUCAUUGCCAAUAUUAAGACAAUCUACUAAUAAAGAAAAAUGUUAUAAUACAUGAGUUUAGAAGACAUAGAUAUAUGGAUUCGUAAGGUUGUACUUAGACCUUGAAAAAUUAAAUUGUCAUUGUAGCUCGUUUGAAAUAGUGAAUGGCUUAAAAAAUCCUGGAAUUUUUCAUUUAAUUCCCUACUCCUUUAAAAGGAUGUUUGCAACUUGCAGCAAACAUUUACUUCGUUAUUUAUUUAGUUCUACUGAAGAUUUUAGAAAUGUGAGAAGAUUUCGAAUCUUAUAUUUACUUCCUAAACAACGAUUGACUAUCAUAAAUCGAGAAAAAUGGUGAGAAACCUAAACAUGUUCAUACAUAUAUGUAUGCACGUAUAUGCGUAAAAAUGCGUGCGUAAAGAAAGUGAUUCAGAGGAGCAAGAUGGACCAAUCAAAGAAUCAAGACAAGCAAUGCUAAGGAGGCAAAAAAGGAGAUAAAAGAGGAGGUGGGGAGAGGGGGAGAACAGAGAAAGAGAAAGGGAAGGGAAGGGAGGAGACCAGAGGGAAAAUGAAGGGAUGCUGGUGGAGAGAAAGGAGAAGUGUCAUCUGCAAUAUGAUUCUCCAAACAUCCUUUUUCUUUUCUCUAAUGUAUGAAAUGUUGAUGGACUUUGAUGAUAUGUCUAACAAAAUCCAAGUAAUCUUCCUCUAUAUAUACCAUAAAUUCUUAAAUGUAAAACUGAAUUUCUUAAUUGACCCAAUAAUCGAAGUUGUUGUGCAUAAAAUAAAUGCGUCCCCAUUAAUCUAUUUUCUAUCUCGCUGUCCCUCCCUAACCUUAAUUGAUGCCUUUCUCUUCUCAUUAUCACACAAAAUUGAUUCGAAUCUGAUCAAUUUUGUCCUUAGUCCGCAAAACCAACCAAUCAAAAUAUUAUUUUUUUAGAAAAAAAUUC